AUGGGCCGCGCCGCCAGCGCGCUGGACGUGGAGGUACCCGAGGGCAACGGCUCCGGCGUGGUGUGGGACGUGCGCGGCAACGUGGUGACGAACUACCACGUCCUGGCCAGCUCUAUGGCCAAGCUGGGGGUUGACAAGGACCCUGCCGCGGGCCGCGGCAAGCGCGUGGCUGUGGUGACCGUCCUGUCGCGGGACGGCGAGAAGCGUGUGUUUGAGGCCAAGCUGGUGGGUGCUGACAAGGCGCGCGACCUGGCAGUGGUGCAGCUCACUGCGCCGCCGGACAAGCUGCAGCCGAUUACGCUCGGCCAGUCCGCCGGUGUGCGCGUGGGGCAGCAGGUGCUGAGCAUUGGCAACCCCUUUGGCGCCUUUGACCACACGCUCACUACGGGCGUCGUGAGUGCCCUGAAUCGCGACAUCCGCUCCCAGACUGGAAGCAUCAUCCCCGGCGGCAUCCAGACCGACGCGGCCAUCAACCCUGGCAACUCUGGCGGGCCUCUUCUGUCCAGCGCGGGGCAGCUGAUUGGCAUCAACACCGCCAUCUUUACCAACACUGGAAGCUCAGCGGGCAUUGGCUUUGCCAUCCCGGUAGACACCGUGCGGGCGGUGGUGCCGCAGCUCAUCGCCAGCGGAAAGGCCGUGCGCGCGGGGCUCAACGCACAGAUUGCGAGCGACCAGGUGGCUCAGAAGCUGGGGGUCAGGGCGGGCGCCCUGCUGCAGAGCGUCACACCGGGCGGCGCGGCCGCCACAGCGGGGCUGCUGGCCACGCGGCGUGGCCUGGGGGGCAUCAUCCCGGGAGACACCGUGCUGGCGGUCGACGGGCGCCUGGUGGGCAGCCCUGCUGGCCUGCUGGGAGCAUUGGAGCAGUUCAAGGUUGGCGACAAGGUCACAUUGCUGGUGGCACGCGCCGGGGACCAGGGUGACCGCAAAGAGAUUCAGGUGGAGGUCACCCUGCAGCCGGAGUGA